AUGAGUACCAUCGUGGGGUGCCCAAAGGGCCUGGGGAUCCGGUUGGGGUCCAGGACACACGGCCUGCGGGGCGCCAGCAACGGGUCCCGCGCCGUGAUGGCCGCCGACAGACCGUCCUGGUGCCCCGGAUCGACGCCGCCGGCGCAUCUGGACGGAUCGAUGACGGGGGACUUCGGGUACGACCCCCUGGGGCUGGGCGCCAAUCCCGAGGCCAUGAAGUGGUUCAGGGAGGCGGAACUGCAGCACGCGCGGUGGGCGAUGCUGGGCACGGCAGGGAUCCUCGCGCAGGAAGUCACGAACCCAGAUGUCUUUUGGUACGAGGCUGCAGUCAAGGCCGACCUGCCAUUCAACCCUCUGGGCCUGGUGGCCUGCCAGGCAUUCGCCAUGCAUUAUGUGGAGGUUCGGCGGUGGCAGGACCUGAGGAAGCCAGGGUCUGUAAACCAGGAUCCUGUGUUUAGCAACUUCAGCCUUCCCGAUCAUGAGCCGGGCUACCCUGGUGGGAUCUUUGCCCCCUUCGUCCCCGGUGACAUCGAGGAGCUCAAGCUGAAGGAGCUCAAGAACGGCCGGCUAGCCAUGGUGGCUUUCAUCGGAUUUGUGAUGUCUGCUCAGGUUACGGGUUUGAACCCACUGGCUGCGUUGAAGAGCCACCUGGACGACCCCCUGGGCUCCACCAUCUUCUCCAAGUCUGUUGUCACGCCCACUGCCUACUACGGCCCAGGCUGCGCCAUAGCCGACUCUGUCAAGUUCUAUGGCAUUGAGAUCCCCACCCCUUGCUUCCUGGACGGCCUGUGGCCCUGA